GAUCCAUCGUGCGCCCAUGGCGGCACGCCCAACCAUUGGAAAGCGGCUGCUGUCAGCGCCUGCUUCCAGGCCUGGUGAGGCGAAAUAUCCUCGACUUGCACAUGAUGCUGAGCCCCAGCCUACCCCAACCAGAAAGGUCACAACAGCGGGCCAAGGUUUUGCUCCGGGGGUGCCCACUGCCCGAGCACCACGCCCAGGGCCUGCACAGCCAGUGCUGCGACCGGCCUUGCGACCAGCGUUGCCAAGGCCUCUCUUGCCACGAGCAGAAGCAGCUUCCAGAGCAAGGCACACGUGGGCGGCACGCCCAGCUGGCCCAGUGAUAACACCUGCGGCGCCAGUGACACCGACAGCACCAGUCGUAACGCCAAUGACGCCAGCGAAACCAGCACCGGCAAAGGUUCCUGAGCCGUCAGCUCCACCAAGGGUGCCUCCCAAAGCGAUGCCCACCGAACCACAGCCCCCACAGCCCAAAGCAAUGCCUGCUACGCCACCACCAAAAGCAAUGCCUGUUCAAAGAAAGAUGCCACAGGAGAAGCUAGUGGUUUAUGCAGAGGGC